CCCUGCGCACCACACACACCUCCGUACAAGUAUAACACACACCAACCCGCAAUGGCCCACCGCCGCACUUUCUCGGCGCGUUUCCCCGACAUGCGCCAUGUCUCCCUCGACUCCCCGCCCCUCACCCCCUUCCCCAACAUCGCCGGCUUCCCCAUGUCCCGCAAGCCCCGCGCGUACUGGAUGCGGACCACCUUCCUCGCCCUCUUCGUCCUCCUCGCCGUCUCCGUCUACGUCCUCCUCCUCUCUCAGCCCGCCCUCCGCCCCAUCUCCUUCCUCGACACGUCGCGCCCCCAGGCGGACGCCACGCCCCAGGGCGCACGCUGGUCCCCAGACGCCUUCCGCGCCGCCCUCAAGUACCGCAAGCCCACGGCCGCCACCCCGGACGUCCACUCCCGCCCGCAGAUCGCGCUCAACGAGACGCAGGAGCUCGCCGCCGUGUCGAGCUUCAUCGCGAGCCUGCCCCAGAACAUGAUCCCCUCGACCGUCGACCCGCUGCGGCCCAUCGACCCGCAGCUCAUCCUCGACUUCGACACCCGCGGCCCGCACGCGGAGGAGGAGCUGCAGGCGGUGAUCCAGGACGUGUGGACGCGGAAUCCGGUCAUGCUCUACUCCAAGGUGCACUCGCCGGUGUCCCGGGAGGUGAAGCAGGUGCUCGCCAACAUGUACCUCCGGCCCGCGCCCACGAUCGUCGACGUCGACGAGCGACCGGACGAGGACGUGCUCACGCGCCUUCUGUACCGCCUGACGUCCACCAGCGAGCUUCCGAUCCUCCUCGUCGCAGGCCGCACCGUCGGGGCCCCCAAGGAGAUCAAGUACCUCGCCUCCACGGGCGACCUCCAGAAGGCCAUCACCGACGCCGGCGCAGUCGUCGACGGCGCCCGCAAGAAGAAGGCCAAGAAGCUGUAGCCGCUCCCCGCUUUCUCGCCUGUCCCCGCCAGCGCGGGCGUGCUUUCCUCCCUCUCCCUCUCCUACUGUAGGCGGAGUGUACAUCUACGCGUGGACAGCAGUCGGCUCCCCGCGCCCUCGCACGCCGCUCGAAGUGAAGUGCUCACCGAGACCGUGCCGGGCGCAGGGCGCGGCGACGUGCAAAAUGGACUUUCGACGACUUGUGGUAUAGACGUGUGGCUAGUGUACUACCAUCUUCGCUUCCCCGGGUGUCUUCGCUGUCCGAUAACAUACUCUUUGCGCCUUCGCACCCAGAAUGCGAUGGGCAUAACUUAAACCUCUCCGCACGCAUCUCGCCUGUCGCGCAUCUCAUACACAUACAUAGAUAACCGUCGCAAGCAUGGACACGCUCUCACAAUGGCCGGUCUGCUCCUUCUGCACCACCUUUUCUGUUGCUCCCUCAUCCAUCCACAUCUCUAUCCUCGUUCUUCUUCCCGGUCUCCCGGUGCUUCUCUCUCUCCGGGGACCGUGAGGCUGGGGCUCGGGUUCCACGUCGCCGCGGCACUCGUUCCUUGUCCUUCUUCCGGCUACCUGUCUUUACGCUUACAUCGCUGCUAACCAACUCGCCUCCUAUCUACCUUAGACCUGUGUAUACCCCCCAGGUAUUAUGUGCUCAC